AUGGCACAAUAUGCCCAGCGUGCAUCUGUGGCAUUUCACACCCAGUUAUUUUUCAAAACCAAAGGAAUAAUAAGUGAAGAAGCCUAUAUUUUAUUUGUAAGAAAGAAUGCAAUUGUGGUAUUAAUUCCAAAAUAUGGGCUAGAAGGUACAGUGUUUUUUGAAGAAAAGGACAAACCAAAGCCACGACUUAUUUAUGAUGAUGAGAUACCUUCACUUAAAAUAGAAGAUACGGUGUUCCAUAUAUUUGAUAAAGUUAAAGUGAAAAUCAUGUUAGACUCAUCUAAUCUUCAGCAUCAGAAAAUCCGAAUGUCCCUGGUAGAGCCACAGAUACCAGGAAUAAGCACUGAUAUUUCAGACAUGGACAUGAAUGAACCAGAGAGAAAGAAGAAAAAACUCGAAAGAUAG